UUGAAAAAGUAAUGAUGAUGUACAUCUUUAUAUGAAACUUGCUCUUUUGUAAGAAAUGUUAUCUUUUCCACACGUAGGAACAUUUCACGCACGCGAGAAAGCUUCCAGCUUGAAGAUGUUCGUGAAAGAACAACUGCAAACUGAUUGGAUGCCUUUCAUCUUAUCUGAGCCCGGUGGUGGUCAGCUGACGCAGGAUGAGUCGAGCUUUGAAGAGCUGGGAUUGGUUCCAGCUGCAAUCCUUCAUUUCAACUGGGAUCCAACAAUACUGUCUGAUGUACAAGCAAGCGGUUCCUCCAUAUCGUCAUCAUAUUUAAAAUCUGAACUUCUCAAUGCAUUAGAAAUGUGACGUAUUUCUUCUGUAAAUUAUCGCUAAUGUUUGAAACUUUUACAGCAAUGCUUAUCAGCAUAAAAACCAGUGGU